AGCACCACUUAACAGGCAACAAUGUCGACAUUUCAUGGACCUCUAGUGAACGACAGUACCCUCCUAAAUGCAGCCCAAUACAGCGCUAUUCACGACCCCUGGGAGAGAAUAGUUCUGGCUAUUUUCUGUACCCUCACCUUUAUCUUCGGGCUGGCAGGGAACGUGCUGGUGAUCUACGGCACCAUUAAGUACAAAUCAACAAAGUAUGACAGAGUCACCAUUAUAUUCGUGCGGCACCUAGCUAUAUCGGACACGAUAGCUAUGAUGAUAUACGUGUUGCCCACUGUUCUUGUGCACUUUUCUGGGGGCUGGCGCUUCGGAGAGAAUCUCUGCUAUUUUCUAGGUAUAGUGAACAUACUACCGGGGUUCCUGCAUGCAACGUUCAUCAUGUUCAUCUCACUACACAGACUGAUAAGAUGCAUUAGGAGACUCAGCUUCAAGAUGGACCGCUUCCUUACUGCUAGAAAAGCUUCUGUACUCUCCGGUCUAGUGUUCCUAUUCUCAGCUACAGUCCCACUUUACUACUACUUCACCGGAGUUACCGUACAGUUCCACGUGUCUAACUGUGUAGCUGAACAGGAUGAGAAUGUUGUGCCUCUAAAACUUAUCCUCAAGUGGAUACAUCUUGCAGAGUACUUUGUUAUUGUGGGCUCUGUUAUAGGUAUUGCAGGAGUAGCCUGCUACAUGGGCAAAGGAGCCUGGAGAACACACUCCAAGAUCCUGGUUACCACCUUCCUGAUAGUAGUAGUCUACCUCCUCUCCUGGACACCCCUCCUCUACUCCUGGGUCUGUAUGACUGAUCCCCGCAAGUCAACCCUCCUCGAGAUACCCGAUCAUAUCUACAAGAUUGUAAUCUACUUUUUCAUGAUAUCUCUUGUUGCCAACCCUGUUAUCUACACAUGUAUCAACAAACAUUUCAAAAUAUUCCUCACGUUGGAGAUCAGAAGCAGUUUGGGAAGUAUGAGCAAUGUGUUAUUUCCUGGUUCCAGACACAGUAGUAAGUCUAAGACCAAGGGAGUAGAGAAAGGAGUGGACAUCAUCAUCGAGGAUGAUGUACCGUGCAGUGCGAGGUACAGUGAGGAUGAUGAUGAUAAGCAGACAACUAGGGUUCAAGCUGAUAACGGCAUGACCACGUGGGAUGUAACGAAGAUGACUGCAUUCUCUUUGACACCUGUUAUGAGGCGGGGAGACAGAAGACCUAGUCACGUGUUAGUAGACUCUGGAGAUGAGGAGGAAAAAGAUGAGGAGGAAAGAGAAGAGGGAGAUGUGAAAUUAGGUGAUGGUUUAGGAUCGGAUAAGGAUGCGUUAUCAGCACUAAAUAAGACUAGUGCUGAUGACGAAGACAAUGGAGAAGUCGAUCACAAAGUUUGAGUUGGGAUUGGGUCGAGGAUGAGGUACUGAAAUAUUUAAGAAACGACAAUUUUGUUAGAAAGUGCGGGUUUAAUUUAAACUUAAUUGAUUACUCUGUGUGCAGUUAUACCUUUCUUUAUCUUAGGGACACUUCCUACCGCGGCUGACAUUUAUAUCUCCUAUUAAUUCUGACCCACUCUGAGGGCUAAUUAAAUUAUUUAGUAAUUAAUUAAUUACAUUAUCUUCUUACCCUGUUGUUGAGUGGUGUUCCAUCUGGACGUUUAUCUGGACUCGUUUGUGACCGUUUACUACUACUCCUGUGUACUGAGGGAACACAGUGUUUUAUGAUUGAAUUACUAAUUGAACUACGUAAUUGAAUAACACUCUUGACUUGUCUAAUUUUAUUUUUAUCCAUGUUCAUUAAAGGUGUUCAUUUAGUUUUAAGGCUCCAGUUUUCUUACGGGUUUCUUACUUAUACUUUUGCGUCUUUUUGGCAAAAAUUCAGUUAAGCAAAUCAAAUUAUAACCGAAUUAUCAAUUAAGUGAUUACCGGUUCCACACAGAGGAAUGUAUCGUGAAGAGUCUUGUUAGCCUGCACUGAUAAAGUUAUGUUCUCACGCAGUCUCACGUCCGCAUCCAGGAACAUUGCCUUUGUUAUGUAGAGGGGCACUGAAACAAGAGUGUUAAAGUCUCAUCUUCUGUUUUAUUAAUCCUGAUCUGCUGUUUUAUUAAUCUUAAUUUUUCGAUAAUUUCUAUUUUCACAUCCAUUUGUUUGUUCUGAUUUUCAACAUAAGCUGUUAAAGUUGCAGUAAUUUG